GACAGAGACCCUGGGCGGACAGACGGACUCCCUCCCAGGGGUGGGCGGACAGUCGGACAGACGGACAUAAAGGCGGACAGGCGGACAAUUGGACAGAUGGAGAGAGGGACAGGCAGACGGACGGACAGCUGGACGGAAGGACGGACAAAGGGGACGCCGUGGAUGGACGGACAGAUGGACACCUGGAUGGACAGAGAGCUGGGGAUGGACAGAGGGACGACAGGACGGACAGACACCUGGACGGACAGCUGGACAAGGCAGCAGCCAGACAGGCGGACAGCGGACAACCAGACAGACAGACAGAGGAACAAGCAGGUGGACAGACAGACGGCUGGACAGGGGGACAACGGGAUGGACAGAGAGGAUAAGCAGGCAGACAGACAGACAGACAGACAGAGGAACACUCAUGGACAGAGCGCCAGGAACGGAGGGCCAACGGGAUGGACAGACAGACGGACAGAGGGACAAUCGGACGGAGGGAGAGUCGAAGAACCAGACAGACAGACAGACAAAGGAACAACCGGGCAGACAGGAAUAAUCAGAAGGACGGACAGACUGACGGACGAAAAGACAGCUGGACAGAGGGACAAGCAGACAGACAAGCAGACAGCCUCCUGGACGGACAGACGGACGGACAGGCAGGUGGACAUCUGGACGGGCAAACGGACGGACAGACGGACAGACGAACGGGCACCCGGAUUGAUGGACAGACAGACGGAAAGAUGGACAGACAGACAGCUGGACAGCCAGGCGAAAGGACAGACAGACAGACAGAUGGGCACCUGGAUGGACGGACAGAUGGACGGAUGGGCGCCUGGACGGGCAGACAUGGACGGAUGGACGGACGGACACAUGGAUGGGCACCCGGAUGGACAGACAGACAGACAGACGGGCACCUGGACAGACAGGCAGAUGGAUGAAUGGACAGACAGAUGGACGGGAUGGGCAGACGCGGACAGAUGGACGGACAGACACACGAAUGGGCACAAAGGUGGAUGGACAGAUGGAGGGAUGGAUGGACAGACAGACACAUGAAUGGGCACCUGGAUGGAAGGACAGAUGGACAAACAGACAAUGGGAUGGAC